ACAAGACCUUGCUUGCCUGACAUUUGGAGUGCUUCCUGGUUUAGCAGGAGAAAUGCAUGUAAAUCUUUUAUUGGUAGUGACAGUUCUCUGCAUUGCCAGCGUGUGUGGAAUUGAUCCAGUCACCUGCAUCCUGCAAGGAGACCCUCAACCUCCUACCCUCUUCAAGGACGGAGACUUUGUUAUUGGAGGGGUUUUCUCAAUUCAUUACUAUCUGAGGACAGAGAAGAACACCUACAUUAGACGGCCACAGCCACUAGAGUGCGGUGGCAGCAUGGACUUCAGAGAGCUGCGCUUUGCUCGUGCCUUGGAGUUCGCCACCCAAGAGAUCAACAACAGCUCAGAUCUCUUACCGGGCAUCACUUUAGGCUACAGUAUAUAUGACUCUUGUGCCUCUGUGGCCAUGGCAAUAAAAGUAGCGUUUCAGCUUGCCAACGGGCUAGACCUCAUAUUUAAUGACACUGGUUCCUGUGCAAAUUCUACUGCUGUUACCGCAGUAGUCGCAGAAUCUGGUUCCACGCCUUCUAUAAGCAUUUCAAGACUCCUCAGUCCUUUUGGAAUUCCACAGGUGAGUCAUUACGCAACAUGUGCGUGUCUCAGUGAUAAACGGCAGUAUCCCACUUUCUUCAGGACCAUCCCCAGCGACCACCAUCAAGCGGCCGCUUUGGCACGGUUGGUCAAGUACUUCGGAUGGACGUGGAUCGGGGCUGUUCGCAGUGAUUCAGACUACGGGAACAAUGGCAUGGCAUCAUUCCUGAAAGCUGCGGAAGAGGAGGGAAUCUGUGUGGAGUAUUCGGAGGCCUACUACAGGACCCAGCCUCGCAGUAAACUCAAGAGAGUCUCAGAUGUCAUUCGCAGGUCAACGGCUCGAGUAGUAGUUGCUUUUCUGGCCCCGGGUGACAUGAGACUUCUCUUGGAAGAGCUGAGCCAGCAGCCUCCUCCCCGGCUACAGUGGAUUGGCAGUGAGGCGUGGGUGACAGACUCAGAAUUGCAGCGGUUUAAUAUGUGUAUUGGUGCUGUGGGCUUCGCCGUUCAGCGCUCUGUUAUCCCAGGUUUGCGUAAUUUUCUACUUGACCUCUCUCCAGGACAGGUGCUGAAAUCUCCCCUGUUGACGGAAUUUUGGGAGAGCGCAUUUAGUUGUAGUUUUAAACGACAGACAGGUUCUCCAUCUGUUCUGCCAGCAUGUGAUGGCACAGAGAACCUGCGUGCAUUACAGAACCCGUAUACUGACACGUCCCAGUUACGAAUCACUAACAUGGUCUACAAAGCCACAUAUGCUAUAGCGCAUGCCAUACAUGGCACUCUCUGUACCGACAAGCACUGUGACAAAAACAUUAAAAUUGAGCCCCAACAGGUUUUCGAUCAGCUUAAGCAAGUGAACUUCACUAGAAAUAAUUAUUCUGUUUCAUUUGAUGCCAAUGGGGAUCCUGUGGCCACCUAUGAACUUGUGAACUGGCAGCCUCAGAAAGGUGGUUCAAUACAUUUUGUGACUGUGGGUCACUAUGAUGCAUCCCAGCCAAAAGGCCAAGAAUUCAGUCUGAGCAGUGCGAUCAUUUGGAAUGAUGGCAGUGAAAAGGUUCCCACAUCUGUGUGCAGUGUGAGCUGUGACCCAGGCACUAGGAAGGCUGUGCAAAAAGGAAAACCUGUCUGCUGUUAUGACUGCAUCAACUGUGCAGAAGGAGAAAUCAGCAAUGAGACAGAUUCUUUAGAUUGUCACAGAUGCCCACCUGAGUACUGGCCCAAUAAAGAUAAUGAUAAGUGCCUUCCUAAACCAGUGGAGUUUCUGUCCUGGGAUGAGAUCCUCGGAAUCAUCCUGGCUGCUUUCUCUAUUGCUGGCUCUUUAGUGACUUUGAGCAUGGCUUUAGUGUUCUACAAAAACAGGACCUCUCCCAUAGUUAGAGCCAACAACUCAGAACUGAGCUUCCUGCUGCUCUUCUCACUGACUCUGUGUUUUCUCUGUUCUCUCACUUUCAUUGGUCGACCUACUGAGUGGUCCUGUAUGUUGCGUCACACAGCGUUUGGGAUUACUUUUGUCCUCUGUAUCUCCUGUAUUCUGGGGAAAACAAUUGUGGUGUUAAUGGCCUUCAAGGCUACACUCCCAGGUAGUAAUGUCAUGAAAUGGUUUGGACCUCCUCAACAGAGACUCAGUGUUUUUGGUUUCACUCUUGUGCAGGUCCUCAUCUGUGUACUUUGGUUAACAAUAUCCCCUCCAUUUCCUUACAACAAUAUUAAACACUACAAAGAAAAGAUUAUACUAGAAUGCAGUUUGGGCUCUGCAGUUGGUUUUUGGUCUGUACUGGGUUAUAUAGGACUCCUAGCUUUCCUUUGCUUUGUUUUAGCUUUUCUAGCCCGAAAGCUGCCAGAUAACUUCAAUGAGGCAAAAUUCAUCACAUUCAGUAUGCUCAUAUUCUGUGCUGUAUGGAUCACUUUUGUGCCUGCUUAUGUCAGUUCUCCAGGAAAGUUUACUGUAGCUGUGGAGAUAUUUGCAAUUUUAGCCUCAAGUUUUGGCUUGAUUUUCUGUAUUUUUGCUCCUAAGUGUUUCAUUAUUAUUUUUAGGCCAGAGCAAAAUACCAAAAAACAAUUAAUGGGUAAAGUACCUUCAAAAGCCCUUUGAAAUAAAAUUUCAUUUAAAUUUUUUCAGUCAUUCCCUUUUAGUAUCUUAGCAGAAUUAGAUGACUCUGUGAAUCUGUAUGGCACCUCUUCCAUUUCUCUGCCAGUUUAUGACGUCAUAGCACUCUGAGACACACAAAACAAUCACUGAAGAUGUUCACACACACACACACACACACACACACACACACACACAUACACACACACACACAUUGGUGGGGCUAUCCUUAUGAGGACUCUCCAUAGACAUAAUGAUUUUUAUACUGUACGAACUACAGAUUCUAUCCCCUAACCCUACCCCUAAACCUAACCCUCACAAAAAACCUUUAUGAAUUUUUACAUUUUCAAAAAAACAUUUAGUAUGUUUUUUAAGUGAUUUGAAUUAUGAGGACACUAGAAAUGUCCUCAUAAAUCACAUUUAUAGCAUAAUACCCUUGUAAUUACCAGUUUGUAACCUAAAAAAAAAUAUCCUCAUUAACCACCCAAACCCGCUCACACACACAACACACACACACACACACACACACACACACACACACAAACCAAACUAAAUGUUUAACAUCAUAUUCUGUGAUUUUAAUAUAGCUGUGUGUUUUAAUGUUUGUUUUAAUG